AUGCCUCCCGCUAACAGGAGCCCAAGUGAACUCUAUAAUGAGAUGAAACGCGUGGCGGGUACAUCUCUCAGUGACUGCGUGCUUCUUAACCUUUGGAUCGAACGAUUACCUCCACAUGCACGUGGAGCAAUUACAGCAGCAGAUGUUCAGCUGGCUCAGAGGUUAAGAAUAGCAGAUUCCAUUAUAGAGUCUUUGAACGCUUCCAAGGCGGAAGAAGUUUCGUCGACGCUGAGUGAUUUCCAGCAAAUUCAGAAAGAAAUAGCAGCCCUUUCCCGCGAUGUCAGCCAUUUGCUAGACAGCCGCAAAUCACGUACGAACUCUCGUUCGCGUUCACAAUCACGUUCUCGUUCCCGUUCUCGCAACAGCGCACACGAUGUAUGCUGGUAUCACGCCACCUACAAGGAAAAAGCUAACAAUUGCCGCAAACCAUGUGCUUUUGGUAAAAAGCUAACCUCAACCAGCGAGAAAUCGCAAUAG